GGGGACCUAAAAACAUCAGUCUUGAACUUCUUCCUCUUCAAGAGCUCGGGCUGCAAAGGAAACCUCCUUUGUUUUUGUUAUUUAUAUGCUGUCAAGUUUUGAAGUGGUCACAGGGAAAGCUUGGCCUGGAUUGUGAGAGCCAUAUGGAACGGAUAAGUGCGGAGCCUCUCUCAAAUGUGAUCUUUAGAGGCGGGACUGAGUAUGGAUCAUUUGAACGAGGCAACUCAGGGGAAAGAACAUUCAGAAAUGUCUAACAAUGUAAGCGAUCCGAAGGGUCCACCAGCCAAAAUUGCGCGCUUGGAACAGAAUGGGAGCCCAUUAGGAAGAGGAAGACUUGGAAGUACAGGAACUAAAAUGCAAGGAGUGCCUUUAAAACACUCUGGACACCUGAUGAAAACUAAUAUUAGAAAAGGAAGUAUGCUUCCAGUUUUCUGUGUAGUGGAACAUUAUGAAAAUGCCAUUGAGUAUGAUUCUAAGGAGGAGCAUGCAGAAUUUGUGUUGGUGAGGAAGGAUAUGCUUUUCAACCAGCUGAUUGAAAUGGCAUUGCUAUCUCUUGGAUAUUCUCACAGCUCUGCUGCCCAAGCAAAAGGGCUUAUCCAGGUUGGGAAGUGGAAUCCAGUUCCACUCUCCUAUGUGACAGAUGCCCCCGAUGCUACAGUAGCAGACAUGCUGCAAGACGUGUAUCAUGUGGUCACACUGAAAAUCCAGUUACACAGUUGCCCUAAACUAGAAGACUUGCCUCCUGAACAAUGGUCUCACACAACAGUAAGAAAUGCUCUGAAGGACUUACUGAAGGAUAUGAACCAGAGUUCAUUGGCCAAGGAAUGUCCCCUUUCGCAGAGUAUGAUUUCUUCCAUUGUGAACAGCACUUACUAUGCAAAUGUCUCAGCAGCAAAAUGUCAGGAAUUUGGAAGGUGGUAUAAACAUUUCAAGAAGGCAAAAGAUAUGAUGGUUGAGAUGGAUAGCCUUUCUGAACUAUCCCAGCAAGGUGCCAACCAUGUCAACUUCGGUCAGCAGCCAGUCCCAGGGAACACAGCCGAACAGCCUCCAUCUCCUGUUCAGCUUUCUCAUGGUAGUCAACCAUCAGUUCGGACCCCGCUUCCAAACCUGCACCCUGGACUUGUAUCUACUCCCAUUAGCCCUCAGCUGGUAAAUCAGCAGCUGGUAAUGGCCCAGUUGCUGAACCAGCAGUAUGCAGUGAACAGACUUCUAGCCCAGCAGUCCUUAAACCAACAGUACUUGAACCACCCUCCUCCUGUCAGUAGAUCCAUGAACAAGCCGUUGGAGCAGCAGGUCUCAACGAACACAGAGGUGUCUUCCGAAAUCUACCAGUGGGUCCGUGAUGAACUGAAACGAGCAGGAAUCUCACAGGCAGUAUUUGCACGUGUGGCUUUUAACCGAACUCAGGGCUUGCUCUCAGAAAUCCUCCGAAAAGAAGAGGAUCCCAAGACUGCCUCGCAGUCCUUGCUGGUAAACCUUCGGGCUAUGCAGAACUUCUUGCAGCUGCCAGAAGCAGAACGAGAUCGAAUUUACCAGGACGAAAGGGAAAGGAGCUUGAACGCAGCCUCUGCGAUGGGCCCGGCGCCUCUCAUAAGCACACCGCCCAGCCGGCCUCCACAAGUCAAAACUGCUACUAUUGCUACAGAGAGGAAUGGAAAACCAGAAAACAAUUCCAUGAACAUUAAUGCUUCCAUUUAUGAUGAGAUUCAGCAGGAAAUGAAGAGAGCUAAGGUGUCCCAAGCACUGUUUGCGAAGGUUGCGGCAACCAAAAGCCAGGGGUGGCUCUGUGAGCUGUUACGUUGGAAAGAAGAUCCAUCACCAGAGAACAGGACCCUCUGGGAGAAUCUCUCCAUGAUCCGAAGGUUCCUCAGUCUUCCUCAGCCUGAACGCGAUGCCAUUUAUGAACAAGAAAGCAAUGCAGUUCAUCACCAUGGUGACAGGCCUUCCCACAUUAUCCAUGUGCCAGCAGAACAGAUUCAGAGCCCCUCUCCCACCACCCUUGGGAAAGGAGAGCAUAGAGGCGCUUUCCUACCAGGCCUGCUGACUGCUGGACCUUGGCUGGGUGCUGCUCCACAGCAGCAACAGCAGCAACAGCAACAACAACAGCAGCAACAGCAACAACAACCAGGUCCCAGACUACCCCCAAGGCAACCGACAGUAGCAUCACCAGCUGAAUCUGAGGAUGAAAAUCGUCAGAAACCCCGACCACGAACAAAGAUUUCUGUUGAGGCCCUAGGGAUCCUACAGAGUUUCAUACAAGAUGUAGGCCUGUAUCCAGAUGAAGAAGCAAUCCAGACUCUCUCCGCUCAGCUUGACCUGCCCAAGUACACCAUUAUCAAGUUCUUUCAGAACCAGCGAUAUUAUCUCAAGCACCAUGGGAAGCUGAAGGACAAUUCUGGUUUGGAGGUGGAUGUUGCAGAAUACAAGGAAGAAGAGCUGCUCAAGGAUUUAGAAGACAGCAUCCAAGACAAAAAUGCAAACACGCUUUUUUCAGUUAAACUAGAAGAAGAGUUAUCAGUAGAAGGGAACACAGAGAUUAAUGCUGAAUUGAAAGACUGAUCUAAAAGUAUUAUUUUCUUUCAACAGUGCCGCUGGUAUUUACUAAUGAAAUGAAAAUUCCAUCUUGCGUUCUGUCAAAAACCCUUAUUAUUCAUUGUUUGGCCAAUGAAUCUUCCAAAACUUGCACAAAAGUUGAAAAAAAGGAUAAUGCAGACUGCACUAGAUGUUUUACUCUGUUUUACAAACUGCUUCGCAGCAACAGAUGAAGCGUUGAGGAUUGUUUGAUAUUAAUUUGUGUUCACUGGAUACACUGUGAGUGUACCCAAUAAGCAUGAUACCAGUGAUUUUGAUUCUGGAGCCUUCAGACAAGCAUUACAACUUUUGUGAUUUACUGUUUUUUUGUUUCUGUUUUGUUCUUGUUUUUUAAUUAUUACUGUAGCACUCCACACUUGAUCUUUGAAAAAUCACAUUUAUUUAAAAAAAUAAAAUAAAAAGAGUUUGUUACUCUUGUUCUAUUGUAUGUUACAAAAGAACUAUAGACUGUGGAAUGCAGUUUAAAGAUAACAUAUGCCAACAAAUGCCUUGUAUUAUAUGGCACUGCCGUAAUUCAGAUUUGUUUUCUUUUGGAAAUAAAGGUCACUGUAUUUUUUUUUUUUCCAUUCUCAUUGUUACAUGGUUUUAGAGAAAAUGAAAAAGAAAAUGUGAAACACAAUUUAGUCCUCAUUAUUUAUUUGUAGAUCCUGCAGCAUCAUGUUGUAAUUAAUUUUUUUGGAAGUUUCCGUUAAAUGUAAUAUUGCUUCUCUUGUUACCAUACUGAUUUUUUUUUCUAUUUAUAAAUGUAUUUUGAUGGGCAGUAAAACAAAGUGUCUUAAAAGUUUUAAAUAGAGAAAAUGUGCUUUACACAGUUGCCUAUAAAAAGUGCUCUAUGUUAUCCAAGCAAUUCAUACUAUAAGCUUCACUCUUAUUGUUGUAUGCAAUUUUUACUAUCAUGCAAAUAAGCUUAGGUAAAUAAAACUAAUAGAUCACCUUAGAAACUUAUGCAAUUAAUGUGAAAAUAAUUGAUGUUUGCAAUGUGUCUUCCUUUGGUUUACAAUCAAUUUUAAAGCUACAGCUGUAUAAAUUUUCUGUAUAAAGGUGUAUUUCUUUUUUAUGAGUUUAUUGCUAUGAAAACACCAGUUAUUUUGUUACAGCUGGCUGUUUUUAUAAGUGUAUCACAAUUUUCUUUAUGCAGAAAUGUUCUGACUAGGAGUGGUUAUUGACUGUAACUACACAAUUAAAAUUGUUUGUAUGGUAUGAU